AUGCAGGAAUUGCCAGGCCAAGGGGAGGACGUUCGUAUUGCAACGCUCCAAGAUCGGAUUAGAGAUCUUGAAAGGCAGGUUGAGAUAGCACGGUCGAAGGUUAGAGAAGAUGUUAUCGAUAUCGAUCUUGAUGAGGAGGAGGACGAGAGCGAUAGCAAUGGCAUUGAUUAUGAGGCAAAAGUCAAAUCCGAACCAGUGCCAUCUGCUUCUCCCGAUUUGAAUCAGCUGGAAGAUAGUCAACGCUGGAAUUCAGAACAUUUCGAAUCGAUUCACAUGCCAACAAUUCACUCAAAUCAAAGACACUUUUACGGCCGCUCUUCUUCAUUCUAUUUCAUCGGACGCCUGAGUUCGUACCUCGGACUACCACCUAAUCAACUCACCCCAGACGAACUGAUGCAGAUGGACUCGGACGCUGAGUCGUUCAAAAACUCCUUAAACUCCGAUGUGUCCAUUUCCGAAAUAUACUUAUCAAAACCACAGGAAGAAUACUUUUUGCAUUUAUUCUUCCCAUCUUAUAAUGUCUAUUACCCGAUUAUCGAUCAUGCUGAAUUCAUGAAACACUACCAGUCAAUAUGGACGUCACCCACGUCAAGAAAACCAUCUGCCCUUGUCGAUAUUAUACUUGCUCUAUCAAUGCAGUAUGCCGAUGCUCUCAUGCCCCGCGACUAUCCAGCUUUACGUACCAGCAUAGAAGGAAUUGUCAAUAUCGAUGCAGCCGUUGUAGGCCGCAAGUUUUACCGACGAUGUCAGCUUCUACUGAUAGACGAACUUGAUGGCCCGUCCAUUACCACAUUGCAGUGUCAUUUCUUCUCGGUGAUUUACCUAUCGAAUGCUUCAUUCCAUAACGCUGCGCACAGCCGUCUGGCAAUGGCUAUCCGAGCAGGAAUCAUUCUAGGUCUUCAUUGGGAUUCGCCGGAAGGCCUCCCGGAUCAAGAAGCAGAGUUUCGGAAAAGGCUGUGGUGGACGGUUUACGCGAUGGAGUUGAAGAUGGCGUUAGCUCUUGGUCGGCCGCUGGCGGUUACCAUGUCUCAGAUACCGUGUCCCCCCCCUGAUCGUCAUCAAGAUGAUCCAUACACUCACCAGGGUACGAAUAGGUUUACGGCAAAUAGACAUUUUAUUCAAUUGAUGCUCGCUGGUCGAGAGGUCUAUGCUACGUUUCAGAGGAAGUGCUCGGAAGCUCUGGCUCAGAAUAACAGUCACACCAUACACGAAAAUCCUGCAUCACUAGAAAUAAUAGCAGAAGCAGUCAGAUCAGCCGCAACACAAUACUUCCUCACAUGGCGACAAGAGCUCCCCGAACCCUUGAAAACGAAACGACUAAACAGCGGCGAAUCACUAUCAACAGAUCGAUCAGCACUCAAUCUCAAGGAAAGUGUACCCUUAGGCAUGAGUCGACAACGAUUAUUUCUCGAAUUGCUAUAUCACACUCUUUGCAUGAAUAUAUAUCGCUCUUUUAUCUGUUUCUAUCCCUCCCGCCAGAGUGACGAGACGCCACUUGCCGACUCCAACGCGGCAUUGAGCGUGAAUCAUGCCAUCAGUAUAACGAACAUCGUGCAUCAAGUAUUGAAAGAAUCAAAUUUUCUGGCUGGGUUUCAUGAGACGUUCCAGUGGCAAUGGAACGCUACUCUUACAUUGAUUGGGUUUAUAGUUGCGUUUCCGAAUGGGUCGUUGACAGGGCCGGCGCGAGAUGCAUUGAUUACCGCAAUUGAUGUCUUUGAUGUUAUUGGUAAGUAUUUGGGCAUUGCUUACAGUGCGGCAAGAGUUGCGCGGGAAUUGUUUGCGAGGAUAGACGUGUGCCCACGCUAG